UGGAAGAAAAGAAAUUAUCCCAGUACAAUAUUCACGAUAAAAUACCUGUUUAGAUGGUCUUUAUCAAACAAUAUUCAAUACAGGCGUGAUUUUCUGUUUCACUCUGUCUGAAGAAAGAACACAACAAGUCGUUUUAUUAUUCAAAGAUUACAGAGUUCGCAACAUGACAGUGCUACUAAAAACAAAAUGUCACUUUUAAAUCUUGCUACUAUUAAUACUAAUAUUAUCGCAACAUGGGAUCGAUCAGACAACUGGUAACAUUUAAUUCUGAGGAUACAUUGGAUAUAAACGUUGACUAAUUUGCAAGAAAUUUGCACAGAAAUAUAACAAUAUUACCGCUUCCUAUUCUCUUCUGGGAAUGGAUCUUUACCUAUACAAAGCAAUAAGUUAUGAGGUUUAUUAAGAAGGAUACUUUCGACCGAUGAUAUUCGUUCAGUUAUAAUGUCAGAGCAUAUUUUCGCAAUACACUCCUCUCUAUCAAGAAGAAUGUCACGACUUUCAUUACGACGUUCACCACCGCACGUGACUUCUCCUUUAAAUCAUGAUCAUUCUUCACAGAGUGUAGAGAUAGGAAGAAAUAUUGGCCGAUAUGGACCGGCUAGCCAAUGGAACUUAUUCGAGGCUACUGAUGUGGAGACAAAAAGAAAGUGUACAGCGUUUAUAUACGAUAAGAAGCUGUUGGAUCGAAUCAGUAAAAAUCGUCGACGAGAAUUAAUUUUAGAAUCGCUGCGUAAUGAUUUGACCAGUUUAAACAAAUUAAAGCACCCACGCUUUAUUCAGCUAAUACAAGAUAUCGAAGAAAAUAAUGAAUACCUGAUUUUUGUAACUGAACCCGUGAUAGGAAGUUUAGCAGAUAUGUACAUAGAUGAUCAGGUAUGA